UUUUCAGGCAAAAGUGAUUCUAACCUAAAAGAUGAUGCCAGUUUUAAUACUCAGAUAAAAAUACGAUGUUUCUUUAUAAUUAUUCAAUUUUAGCUAGUUUACCUCUACUCAUCUUACCAGGGAUAGUAUGCGUACAAUUGGAGCCCACCUUCGUCGAAAACGCUAAAAAAGGCCAUACAAAUAACUGGGCAGUACUGGUAGACACUAGCCGUUUUUGGUUUAACUACAGGCAUGUAGCUAAUGUCCUUUCUAUAUACCGUAGUGUCAAAAGACUGGGUAUUCCAGACAGUCAAAUUAUCUUAAUGAUAGCAGACGAUAUGGCUUGCAAUUCGAGGAAUCCUAGACCCGCUACGGUAUUCAACAACGCUAAUCAGCAUAUUAACGUGUACGGGGACGACGUGGAAGUGGAUUACAGGGGCUACGAAGUUACAGUUGAGAAUUUUGUAAGGCUUCUAACAGGGAGGCUACCUCCUGGAACUCCAAGAUCUAAGCAACUUCUUUCAGAUGAAGGAAGUAAUGUUUUGAUAUAUUUAACGGGACAUGGAGGAGAUGGUUUUUUAAAAUUUCAAGAUUCAGAGGAAAUCACUAGUCAAGAAAUGGCUGACGCUUUGGAGCAAAUGUGGCAAAAGCAAAGGUAUCAUGAAGUAUUCUUUAUGAUUGAUACAUGCCAAGCAGCCUCCAUGUACGAGAGGUUUUAUUCCCCUAAUAUUUUAGCUGUGGGAAGCUCAAUGGUCGGUGAAGACUCUUUAUCUCAUCACGUAGACCCAGCUAUCGGUGUUUAUAUUAUUGAUAGAUACACAUAUUAUGCACUGGAAUUCCUGGAGAAUGUAAAUCCUGAGAGUAAAAGGACUUUAGGAGAAUUUUUGAAAGUCUGUCCAAAAAGUGCUUGUAUUUCUACUGUAGGAGUUAGAACUGAUUUGUUCCUAAGGGAUCCAGAUAAAGUCCCUGUUACUGAUUUCUUUGGAUCAGUAAGGCCUGUAAAAUUACUGAGCAGUAUCCGUAUGGAUACUGAGUUUAAUUUUACUGAUUCACCUCUAAGGAACAAUGUAGAAAGUGAGAGUAAACCAAACAAAUAUCGGUAUGUGCCGCCGUUAAAUAAAUUUAGUCAGAAUAGUGUUUAAAUUUUUUUUAUUAUUAUUAAAAGAUACACAAAAAAUA